AUGUCAGAUUUAUUUGUUAGUAUUGUUAGCCUCGGAAUUGGAAUUAACUAUGGCCAGAUUGCCAACAAUCUCCCAUCUCCUUCCCGGGUUGCCAUCCUCCUUACAUCUGUCAACAUCAGUAGAGUGAAACUCUACGACGCUGAUCCAAACGUAUUAAGCGCAUUCUCCAAUUCGAAUGUUGAUUUUGUUAUUGGACUUGGGAAUGAGUAUCUUCAGACAAUGACCGAUCCUGUUCAAGCUCAAACUUGGAUUCAACAGAAUGUCCAGCCUUACCUUCCACAGACAAAGAUUAGUUGUAUAACCGUUGGAAAUGAGGUCUUAUCUGGAAAUGAUACUCAGUUAAUGUCCUAUCUCCUCCCGGCAAUGCAAACCAUAUAUGGCGUUCUUGUAAAUCUUGGCCUAAGCAAACAAGUAUAUGUGACAACUGCACAUUCACUUGAAAUUUUAGGUAAUUCCUUCCCACCUUCCGCAGGGGCUUUCCAACAAGAUCUUGCUGAGUACAUCCAACCCAUUCUCAAUUUUCAUUCGCAGACCAACUCGCCGUUCCUCAUAAAUGCAUAUCCAUAUUUUGCAUACAAAGAUGACCCAGAUCAGGUUUCACUGGAGUACGUGCUUUUCCAGCCUAACCCAGGGGUGACUGAUCCAAUUACGAAUUUGAACUAUGAUAAUAUGUUAUAUGCACAAAUUGAUGCUGUUUAUUCAUCAAUCAAAGCGAUGGGUUAUACAGACGUGCAAGUUAAAAUUUCUGAGACGGGUUGGCCAUCUAAGGGGGAUCCCAAUGAGGUAGGAGCUACACCAGAGAAUGCAGAAAUAUACAAUGGUAAUUUGCUGCAGCGGAUAGAACAGCAGCAAGGUACUCCAGCAAAACCAUCAGUACCAAUCGAUAUAUAUGUUUUUGCACUUUUUAAUGAAGAUCUUAAGCCUGGUCCGACAUCAGAGAGGAACUAUGGGCUAUACUAUCCAAAUGGUACUCCAGUUUAUAACAUUGGUUUACAGGGUUAUCUUCCCCAGAUGGAUUACUCAGCUUCACAGAAGAAUGCCUUGUCUAUUUGCACUCUUCUCCUUUUUUCCCUAAUUGUAGAGGGAGCCAACCAUGGUGGAACUUUCAUUUUCAUCCUGGACGUCACAGCUAAAAAUUUAACACCGAUGCUGGAUCAGCGAAUUUGUCUUUGGAAUUGAUCAGAACCAAUGUACACAUAUCAAAAUAAUUCAUUACAGAUCAAAGAGACUAAAUAUUGAAAAGGUAAUUCGUGUUGAAAUUCAUACUACAUUACAGCAAUAAAGUGAACCAACUGCAGCAGGAACUGUAAUAAGGUUAAUACGAUUCUUUAACAAAUAGACGAUAGUUUGUAACUUGGUGAAGUUUGAGGGGGGCUUAUAUGAUUUUGUUGAGGGUACAACCUUGUACAAUUCAAAGACCAAUCAGGGUUUUAUAUUUUUUUCAAUUUAUUACAGUUUACUCUUGUG